UGCACAAUAAUUACGAAGGACUAUAGACGUAGACCGUGUGGAGUGAUGAGACCCUUGCCCGCUAAUCACUCGUCACGGCCAAUCAAUUGGAUUUGGAAUUCUAGCCCUGCCCAGACAGUCCCGAGAUAGGCUAACUGAAGACCGAAAUGAUAUGGGAUAUCCGGUCUGCAUUGCUGCUGCUGCUGCUGCCUAGCCCGCUCAUGGUAUUCAUUAUACUUGUUCUGCUACACUUGGGACAAGUGAAAUGCGGUAGCGAGAUCUGCCAAGUAUAUCAGAGUCGGACAGUGAGCCGUAUUCGUUAGGGGUUGCUGGACUACUGGUCAUGCUGGCAGAUAAGCGAUUUGGUAUGUGGUUCAUGUCAGCGGGAAAUGCCAUCCCCCGUUGCCGAUCAACACGGGACGUAUGAGUCCGUUGGGGGAGUGCACCAGCCCCUGAUACGAAAGGCUGGAUGGUCCGGUCUGUGGCUUGGGUGGUUGCGGGGAGUGGAGGUUGUUGUCGAUCAGGGAGAAUUGGCCCCGGUGAUAUUGCCUGGGAGGGUUAGAGAUGUGGUGCGAUUGGGAAUCGAGCGGGUUGGUUGGUGCCUUCCCUAGAUGUUCUGUCUGGGUGGUUAUAUCCCGCGGACUAUCGGCGCAAUGGCGUGGUCAUGCUGCAGGGGAUAAUGGAAAGCAGGGUCAUGCCUGGGUUACGGGUGGAAGUGGGUAACAGAUGUAGGGUUAAUUGAGGCAAAAAGAAUGGCUGAUGAGUUAGUUCAGCUUGUUUAGGUGGUGGAU